AAGAAUCUAAGAUGGAACGGGAGUCAGAUUACCUUUACAAAAUAGUUCUCGUGGGUGAUGUAAAUGUAGGCAAAACCUACAUGCUCAUGCGUUACAUUCACGGUGAAAUUCCCAAAGAUGUCCAUAAUACGAUCGGAGUGGAGUUUGCCACUCAGAAAAUUCAAUUGAAAGAUGGAGGAACUGUCAAAGCACAAAUUUGGGACACAGCUGGUCAGGAGAAAUACAAGGCCAUCAUUAGAGCUCAUUUCAGAAGAGCAGCUGGAGCUCUGGUCGUUUAUGACAUCACCAAUGAGUCUAGCUACAACAAUGUGCAGAACUGGGUUCAAGAGUUAAAAGAAAAUGCAGAUGACGAUGUCGUUAUAAUGCUUGUUGGAACAAAACUUGACAUUGUCCUUAAGAACAGGACCAGGAGAAAAGUUGCCAAAGAAGAAGCCAAGUUGUUUGCUGAGAAGAACAAAAUGCUAUUUGAAGAAACUUCAUCUGUACAGAACCAUAGAGUGUCUGACUGAUUUGAAAACCUGCUUCAAGAGAUUUAUGAUAAUAAGAAUUCGAAAUAUGAACAAAUGACAGAUAAAGAUCCAAGACAUAAAGUGAGCCUUGAGUCGAAGAUUUAUAAGAGAAAGGAAGACUCCUGAUUAGGCUGUUAGAGAUUGAUUUUAAACUCUGUCUAAGCUUUGUAAAAUAUGCUUAGGCUUUAAUAGAAUUUAUACUCUCUUAAUAUCUUAUGUCUAAUGCCUAGCACCUAAUAGUUAACAUUCAGACCUUUAACAAUACUUUAUUUUUC